UGGUGCACGGCGUAGCAGGAGCAGUUUGUAGGCAGGCACGCUACCGACUUGUUGUGUCGAACCGUCGUGGACGAGUACUGCAGUCUUACGUUAACGUUUUUGUAUAUGACAUCAUGCUUAUCGUCACAAUGAGGCUCUCAGUAACGAAUGGUUUACUGGGAAUUACUCUGAUCGUAUUCCCUAUGUUUCUGUGGACGACCUUAUAUCAAACUUUGCUUCUACCUAUUGGGAUAAACGCUGUGGGUGCAUCACCCCUAUGCAAUGGCCCGGCGGCGGACUGCGCUUUCUCAUCGACUUUCCACCACUUCAAACUGGAGCAAACGCAGAAUAAAUUAUACUCUGAUGACGGUGUGCAGCCAUUAGAUGACAAAUACGAACAAGAAGUGGCAAAGAAACAUGAAAAUGUUUCUCGUGUGUUAUCUAUAAAUGAAACGACUGCAGACGCGCGUGUCGCGAUGGAACAGACGAAUAAAAGCAGCACAUCUACACACUUAGACGACGUUUUUCUGUCCGUGAAGACAACGCAUAAGUACCACGAGGCACGUCUUCGUAUCGUCGUCGACACUUGGUUCAGAUUAGCGCCGCAUCAGACCUACUUCUUUACGGAUAAAGACGAUCAGGAGCUCAUUAAAAAGACAGGCGGUCACAUGGUCAACACACAUUGUUCAGAUGGGCAUGGCAGGCAAGACCUUUGCUGCAAGAUGUCCGCCGAGUUUGAUUCCUUCCUGAAAAGUAGCAAAAAGUGGUUCUGUCACUUUGAUGAUGACAACUACGUGAACGUGCCCCAGUUAGUGAAGUUUCUCAGCCAGAAAAGCUGGAAGAAGGACUAUUACUUUGGAAAACCUAGCAUCCCACACCCACUGGAAAUCAAAAUAGCUGCUAAUACACGACCAGUUAAAUUCAAUUUUGCAACAGGAGGUGCCGGUUUCUGCAUUAGUCGCGCUCUUGCAAAUAGAAUGUCACCGUAUGUGAGUGACAUGCGCCUGGUGACACUUUGUGGUAAGAUUAUUCUACCGGAUGAUGUCACUAUCGGCUAUAUCAUAGAGAAUAAGUGCCAAGUGAACCUCACCCGCAUCAACGAGUUUCACUCUCAUCUCGAACCUUUGCGAAACAUCAAUCCAAGGACAUUAAGAGAUCAGUUGACAUUCAGCUAUGGCCUGUCAGACCCAAGACCCAACAUAGUACCUGUGCCUGAACCGGUUCUACCCAACGACCCUACCAGGUUCAUGACGAUUCACUGCAUCCUAUAUCCAGAAUCUGAAGUCUGCAAGAAAACAUAGUCAUCCAUGUCCUGCCAGCAUUCCCAUUUGCUUCAUGGACAAGCGCACCACACUAUCCUUUACGGCCCAUCGUUAACUCAAGGUGGAUUGGCGUAGAUAUGAUAGCAUAGCCCCAUUCGGCAGGGUUACUAUAUUGUAUCUAGGACUAGCAAUACUCUUCGAUAGGUGGUUGCGGGACAUAUAAUCCAUGAACAUGAGUGGUUUGCUCAUUGUGAUUAAUAACGAAGAUGAUAUGAAAAAUAUCUAAAUAUCAACAUAAUACAGCAUUCCUGGUGAGGUUGUAGCCAUUUAAUAGACUGAUUCCAUGUGCCAUUGUGCUGCAAACAACAGUUUAUGUACAACCAUGUAUAAAAUAAUUUGGAGUCAAAUCACGAUCAGCAUGCAUUUCAAGAUCAACCACCGAUUUCUUCCGUUUUACCAAUGUGCGAACAUCAGUCGUUGGUUGCAGCACAACGACACAUGGAACCAGUCUAUUAAUUUAUUUGGCAUCUGUGAUCAAUCACAAGAAGCUCUCUUAAAAUUGUUUCAAUAGUUCUUUGUUAUUUUUUUAUUCCUCGUACUUUGUGAGAGGGGAGAAAUACUUCUAAGAGAGGUUCUUGAAUGUAAAUGAUAGAUGUAUAUUUAUAGCUUUAGCAUAAACGAGAAUAACUUUUUAGUAUUAUACUUGUUGGCAGAACUCAAUAAUAACAAGAGAUAAUAGUUAUUGUACCAUUUAUAGGGAUCCUGCUUGAAUGGUGAUGGACUCGACAAAUACAGGGGUAGAUCUGGUAAACAAUAUAACGCUACGUUAUUUACAUAUAUUAAAUUUAAAAUAGGCGUCAUCAAAUUUGGCUGGAGCAUAAGUAGCGUUUCCCAGUGCUAACGUUUUUAGUGUCAGUAUACAAGAGCAUAUAAAUUUCUACAAAAGCCGCAGGUCUCUAUAUAUUACAUUAUCAGGAGUGGAUAAUAGAGACUAUUUUUAACCUCUAUUAUACACUCCUGGUAUUAUCAGGGGUUAAUAAUGACAAGCUCAUAAUAGAGAUGAUCAUUAUGUAGAUCAGUGGCGACUCAUUCGAGUAAAGUGCUGCCACCUGCAGGAUAAAUUCCACCACAAUAUAAUCAGGAGUAGAUAAUAGAAGAUCUUCUAUUAUCUACUCCUGAUAUAAUUAUUGCAAAUGGAUUCCGGUUUAUUCCCAAUUAACUAUAUAAUUUAUACGGUAGUACACGCUGUGGCGUUACGAGCGCUUACGACAUGUUUAAAAAUCUACGGCAGUAAAUCAUGCAGGUUGCAGUUUACUCCACAAAAAAAUCCAUAUAAUUUCAGUUAGACUUGCAUCACUUCCACUGGAUUAUUACUGGAAAAAAACAACGCAUUUAGUCUUGAUUUUACCAGGUGCUAAUAUUAGCUCUCGAUUCUUCAUCAAUUGUAGUUUCUGACAGUGAUGUUAAAUACUGUAGUGAUAUUGAAACGUCAUUUCUUGUAAUUUUUGUUGGACCUGUCUCAGUGUAGGCUUAGAAAUUGUGUAAAUAUGUACUUUUGGUUGUUGAACUUUUUGCAGAGUAUACAGGGUAUAUACGGUGUAACGUAAAGUUAUUCCAUGCUACCAGUUAAAUAAGUAUAACUCAUUAUUCUCGACUUGCAAAACUUGAUGGCAGUUCAACGUUAUAGAAGCAGUAGAAUGUUAUCACAGGUUGGAAUGGCCAGAAUCAAAAUACAUUACCAAUCAAAUUCACCUGUACUCAAAUAAUAGUAGUAUGGUUGUGAAUAACUUGUACAGGAAUAAAAACCUUGUUAGGAUUUGUAAAAAAAGAACAAAUAUGAAUUCAUAUUAUUUCUUUGAUUAUA